CGGUCAAAUUGGCAUUGGUUCUUCAUGUAGAGCUAGUAGCCAAACAGUCACAUCAAAAUUAAGGUUCGAUCAAUGGAUUCUUUUCCGACAGUGAUACAUUCUAAUAUCAGACUAUGCUUAAGAUUUAAUAAAGAUUUAGAACAUCUCUGAAGUAACUAGAAAAAAGGAAAAAAAAAAAAAAAAUGCAUUCAAUGUUAGCUGAUAGUGAAUAUAAAAAAGCUGCUCUAGAACCUCGUUUCGGAUUUUAGUUUCUUAGCAGCAAGGCCAAUACUAGUCACGUGUUCUGCCAAGGAAAUGAAAAACUCCGGUAAUUUUUAUUGAAUGAUAAUUGCCAAGUAGCAAAACACUAAGAUUGUAUAUAAACAGUUCGUUUUAUGUAGCAAAUAGGUUGAUCGAUGGAUUAAUAAAUGCAAAUGCAGAAGAGAAUACAGACAAAAUUGCACGCACAUAUAAUGACAAUUUCUUCCAUUACAACAACUUGAAACUGACAGUCUUGCUUCUUGGAUUAUUAUCGUUCUAUAUUCAGUUGAUGCUCUGCUUUUCUUAAAGGCGUAGAGAAACUGAAUGUUAAUGGCCUGAAAGCUAUGAAAUUAUGUGCAUUAAGGUUCUAUAUGUGAUUGUUUAAUCAUGCCAUGUACAAAAGAAGCUUUUGAAGUGCCUGAAUUUCAAAGAGGCCGUAUUAUGGGUCAUUUUGAAAGUGGACAUAGGCAGUGUAAAAUCGCAGAAAACCUUGGGCUCCUGCUUUCUAUAGUUAAUAGAGUGAUUGCGCAAUUCACCAGAGAAGAAGAGUCCACGUCUACGCGCUCAGCUCAACCAGAGCCCUCUGACAGGACCCUUCUCUUUGUUAAGAGAAGUGUGGAGGCUAAUCCUCGUUGCAAGACCUUUAACCUAACAGUACAAGUUGAUGUCAGUCCCAGAACAGCUGUCAGGUAUCCCCACAGACUUGGUUACUAUGGCAGAGCAGCAAGAAGGAAGUCACUUCUUCGACCAGCCAACACCAGGCGGAGAAAAGAUUGGGCCAGUGAGAUGGUGGAGAAGCCAGUAGCAUUUUGGAACACUGUCAUAUUCUCUGAUAAGUUCAGAUUUGCUGCAUUUCCUGACAAUGGUCGAGUGUGGGUCUGGAAACUCUGUGAUCAAGAAUUUAAUGAGAAAAGAUUGCAGUCAGGAAUGAAACACGGCAACUAUUCUGUGAUGACCUGGAGAGCAAUUUAGAGCAAUGGUUAAUUAGAACUGGGGGAGUAUGAGGGAAACAUAGACUCGGAUAAAUAUGUGUCCAUAUUGCAGAAAGGACUCCUUCUAAUCUUCUCCAGUGGUGUGAAAUGAUUAAAGAAGACUCUUUAUUAAUGGAAGAUAGAGCUCCUUGUCGCACGGCUAAAAUGACCCAAGAUUUGUUGGAUGAGAAUGGCAUUAAAAAGCUUCCAUGGCCAAGCCAGUCACCACAUAUGAAACCUAUUGAACACAUCUGAGAUAUAACGGACAGGACACUUCAUUAAAAGAACAAGAGAGCAUCUUCAAAGUCAGAUAUUUUGAGA